AUGACAGGAGAGGAAGAUAAGAAACAACACUUUGAUGCCUCUGGAGCAUCCGCUGUUGAUGAUAAAACAGCUACAGCUAUUUUAAGAAGAAAGAAAAAAGAUAACGCCUUGGUCGUUGAUGAUGCAACAAACGAUGACAAUUCAGUUAUUACCAUGUCAUCCAAUACAAUGGAGUUGUUGCAAUUGUUUCGUGGUGAUACAGUCUUGGUUAAGGGUAAAAAGAGAAAGGAUACAGUAUUGAUUGUUCUUGCGGAUGACGACAUGGACGAUGGCGUUGCAAGAAUCAAUCGUUGUGUGCGUAACAACUUGCGCGUCAGACUAGGUGAUAUCAUUACUGUUCAUCCAUGCCCUGAUAUCAAGUAUGCAAAUAGAAUCUCAGUCUUGCCAAUUGCUGACACCAUUGAAGGUAUUACAGGAUCGUUGUUUGAUCUCUAUUUGAAGCCAUAUUUCGUCGAGGCUUAUAGACCAGUUAGAAAAGGUGAUUAUUUCACGGUAAGGGGUGGUAUGAGACAAGUUGAGUUUAAGGUUGUCGAAGUUGAUCCAGAAGAGAUUGCCAUUGUGGCUCAGGAUACCAUUAUCCAUUGUGAAGGAGAACCUAUUAAUCGUGAAGAUGAGGAAAACAACAUGAACGAAGUCGGCUACGAUGAUAUUGGUGGAUGUAAAAAACAAAUGGCACAGAUUAGAGAGUUGGUUGAGUUGCCAUUGAGACACCCACAGUUAUUCAAGUCCAUUGGUAUUAAACCACCAAAAGGUAUUUUGAUGUAUGGUCCUCCGGGUACUGGUAAAACAAUCAUGGCCAGAGCUGUGGCCAAUGAAACCGGUGCUUUCUUUUUCUUAAUAAAUGGUCCUGAAAUCAUGUCCAAAAUGGCUGGUGAAUCCGAAUCGAACUUGAGAAAGGCAUUUGAAGAGGCUGAAAAGAAUUCUCCAUCCAUCAUCUUUAUCGAUGAAAUCGACUCUAUUGCACCAAAGAGAGACAAAACUAAUGGUGAAGUUGAAAGAAGAGUUGUUUCGCAAUUGUUGACUCUCAUGGAUGGUAUGAAGGCCAGAUCUAAUGUUGUUGUUAUUGCCGCCACCAAUAGACCCAACUCCAUUGACCCCGCUUUGAGAAGAUUUGGUAGAUUUGAUAGAGAAGUGGACAUUGGAGUUCCAGAUGCCGAAGGUCGUAUGGAGAUUUUAAGAAUCCACACAAAGAAUAUGAAAUUAGCUGAUGACGUUGAUUUGGAAGCAAUUGCGUCGGAAACUCAUGGUUUUGUUGGUGCCGAUAUAGCAUCCUUGUGUUCUGAAGCAGCUAUGCAACAAAUUCGUGAAAAGAUGGAUCUCAUCGAUUUGGAAGAGGAAACCAUUGAUGCCGACGUGUUGAACUCACUUGGUGUUACUCAAGAAAACUUUAGGUUUGCUCUCGGUAACUCCAACCCAUCGGCAUUGCGUGAAACUGUUGUUGAAAAUGUCAAUGUUACCUGGGACGACAUUGGUGGAUUGGAUAACAUCAAGAACGAAUUGAAGGAAACUGUUGAGUACCCUGUUUUGCACCCAGAACAAUAUCAAAAGUUUGGUUUGGCUCCUACCAAGGGUGUUUUAUUUUUUGGCCCACCGGGUACAGGUAAGACGUUGUUGGCCAAAGCAGUUGCUACCGAAGUUUCUGCCAACUUUAUUAGUGUUAAAGGUCCUGAAUUGUUGAGUAUGUGGUACGGUGAGUCAGAAUCCAAUAUUCGUGAUAUUUUCGACAAAGCAAGAGCUGCUGCUCCUACUGUUGUGUUUUUGGAUGAAUUGGAUUCCAUUGCUAAAUCUAGAGGUGGUUCAAACGGUGAUGCGGGUGGUGCUUCAGACAGAGUUGUUAACCAAUUGUUGACAGAAAUGGAUGGUAUGAAUGCCAAGAAGAAUGUCUUUGUUAUCGGUGCUACCAACAGACCUGAUCAAAUUGAUCCUGCUUUGUUGAGGCCAGGUAGAUUGGAUCAAUUGAUCUAUGUUCCAUUACCAGAUGAGGCAGCUAGACUCUCCAUCUUGAAUGCUCAAUUGAGAAAUACACCAUUAGAACCAGGAUUGGACUUGAACGAAAUUGCCAAGAUUACUCAUGGUUUCUCGGGUGCUGAUUUGAGCUACAUUGUACAAAGAGCUGCCAAGUUUGCCAUCAAGGAUUCGAUCGAAGCUCAAGUCAAAGCUAACAAGGAGAAGGGCGAAGACGUUGAAAUGAAGGGUGACGGUGUAGCAGUUGAAGAAGAGGCUGACCCAGUUCCAUACAUCACCACCUCUCACUUUGAAGAGGCAAUGAAGACAGCUAAGAGAUCUGUUUCUGAUGCGGAACUACGCCGUUAUGAAGCAUACGCCCUGCAGUUGAUGGCUUCAAGAGGCCAGUUUACCAACUUCAAAUUCAACCAAGGUGGUGCUGCAUUUGGCGAGGAACAACAAAAUCAAGAAGAAGAUGAUUUGUACAGUUAG